AUGUCAAACGAUUACGACGUGUCCUGUAUGAAAUUGUCUCUUUCGCUGUAAGGUAGGACUUAAAUUAAUAAUUGUAUGAUUUUUUUUUUUUUUUUAACAGAUAUUAUCACGUGACGUGUACAUUACAAGAUGGCAUCGUUCAGUAAUAUCAAACAAUUCCUGAGAUCAAGCGUAACAUCAGCCUCGGCAGCUUCGACCAGCGCCACAUCAAUCAAUAGCACCAAGGAAUCGGAUCAGCCCCCAGCCAUGAGACAUUACAAUUGUAAUCUUGUCAAUGAAUCAAUGAGGAAUCCCAUUCCAACCGAUACCGUCCAGUCAGUACAGUCCGUGCCGUAUGAUGUUGAGACACUGCCCUGGAACAGAGAUAUGCCAAACCCCUUCGGUGCCAUUGGUUCUGAGUAUGCUAGGGCUAAAACGACUAGCAGUAGGAAUUCCUUCGGCAUAUUCACUACAGUGCCUAUCAUGUGUUUUCGCUGCGACAAUAGUUUAGCAACAACGCGUUGCUACGAGUGCAGUUCUCUUUUUUGCUACGAUUGUUGUCGCAAAAUAAUAUCUGAAUGUCAGUUGAGAGAACACACGCUUCUCCCAAUAUUUCAACAGCCGCCCAUCGGCGUUACAUGUAAUACUAACACCAAUGACAUCGAUAUUAUUUUUUGUGAAUUCCACGCCGAGCCAGUAAUUUUUUUCUGUAAACGAUGCACCAACUUGAUCUGCCAAAAAUGUACGCUGAAUUUUCAUAAAGGGCACAAUCAUAUGACAAUAAAAGGUACUGUUGAUACAUGGCACACAGAUAUGAUGAAGACAAUAGUAGAUGCUAAAACUGGCACAAAAUUUAUAAAAACUGCAAUAGAUCGUGCCAUGACUGUGUCAAAAGCUUAUGAAAAAAAAUCUACGGAAUUCGCAAUGCAAAUCAGAAGAAAUUUGCAUUAUCAUGCUGGCGAUUAUCAAAAUUAUAUUUUGAAUAAGUUUGAAUCGAUGCGUCGUGAGCAGAAAAAAGAGUUUUGCGAAAAUAUUAACAUACUGCGUGAUUUGCUCGCCAGUUUAACUUAUAUAAUUCAAACAUUAGUACGUAGUAUGGAUUGUAAAGGGUUAAAUUUGUUUAUGGCAAAAGAAUGUGGGAGAUCCCAAGUGGACCACAUUACAUUUAUGUUCAAGAAUACAUAUAUUCCUAAAGAUAGACUAGAUAUCAUGCCAUCAGAUUAUGAAUUAUUUAAUCAAUUCAAAGUGCAAUGUAAUUUACAAUCGAUUGCUGCGAGUUCCGGUGUACGUAUUAACCCUGAUUCGGUCAGUCAAAACAUUUACCAGCCGUUGAGGUCAAUGCAACCUGCUCAUGCAGCUCAGCCGUAUCCUACUUCUAGUUACAUUGCUGUGCGUGGUAUUGGACAAGCCAUUCCAGCUUACCGGAUGCCAGUAUCGUUAAAGCCAAACAGAAGUUCAGUCCCUGGAAGGCCUAUAUUUUCAUUUGGUCCUGAUGGUCAAGUUGAGGGCCGAGUUUCUAGACCGUGGGGAUUUUGUAUAGACAGAGUAGGCAAUAUGAUAGUUGCUGAUAGACGAAAUAACCGCAUUCAAAUUUUCAGUUGCGGCGGGGACUUUCGAACCAUGUUCGGUUCCAAAGGAACUGCUCCUGGCGAAUUUAAUUUACCAACUGGCAUUACUACUGACGUUUUUGAUAGAAUCAUUGUCGCAGAUAAAGAUAACCAUAGAGUACAAAUAUUUUCAAUGUAUGGAAAAUUUAUCCUCAAAUUUGGGUCGUUUGGAAAACGAAAUGGGCAGUUCCGAUACCCGUGGGAUGUAGCGACCAAUACCACAGGAAACAUCGUUGUGACUGACACACUGAAUCAUCGUAUCCAACUAUUUACAAGCGAGGGCAGAUACAUUACCAAGUUUGUAUUUGAUCGAGCUCACCCAACAGCAAUGUUGAAAUUUACGACAAUGCCGAGAGGUGUAUGCUUCACGACUACAGGCAAUAUAGCAGUAUCCGAUUUCCAAAAUCAUCGCUUAUUAAUUGUAGAUUCGACUCUAUCGAAAGUUCUAUAUCGUAAAGGGCGUGAUGAUUACGGCCUUCGUGAGUUAGAUCGUCCGUCGGGUAUUGUGACUGACGACGAAGGUCAUAUAAUCGUAGCAGAUUCGAAGAAUUAUCGUUUACUCAUUUUUAAUUCCGAGCUUCGCUUGCUGGCCACUAAGUACUUAAAGAGUCUAGACCUUGACGACAAUGACAGACCAAGUAACGUAGCGCUAACACCAGAGGGAUAUUUGGUGGUAUUGUUUGAAACGCGACCAACUCGCGACAUUUCUUUGGUUGGCAAACAUUUCAUUAAAGUAUAUUGAUAUAGUAGCUCGGUGCCGUAGUGGAUAAGCGCCGCGGCCCGCGAUCGUUGUCGUUAGGCAACUUUCGCAAGGGUCGGUCACGGGAUGGGUGACCAAAAAAUUAUUAUCUCGAACUUCUCCGUGCUUCGGAAGGCACGUUAAGCCAUUGGUCCCGGCUGCAUUUGCAGUCGUGAAUACCUUCCAAUCCGCAUUGGGCCAGCGUGGAGUGUGGGUCAUGACCCAUCCUCCUUAACCAUCCAUAAGGAAGGCCUGAGCCCCUGCAGUGGGGACGUAAAAGGGCUGAUGAUAAUAUUGAUUUAAAUUAUAUAUAAAGUAAACAAAGUAAUCCUAAGGACCGCAUGUUUUUUUUUUAUUAGUUCAGUUGUGGUGUAUUAUUGUGAUAUUUUAACUGUAUACCAGUUUUGA